AUGUGGGUUGAUGGGCACGAGUCCUUGACCGCAGAUGAUAUGCCAGAUUUACUCUGUGGACCUGUAUUUUUGAACCUUCCCACAGACAUGAUAGAGAAUUCGAGAGGGCUACUACUCUCCAAGAGGCUGAAGGAUCAUAUAGACUAUAGAGGGUUCUAUAAGUUAGUAGAGGACAUCUUGUCCGUCAAGGAAAACGAAGAGCGUGAGAGGUAA